CCGCGGUGUAUGAUCUCGAUAAUCGUCUUGGCAUCGCUUGGAAUGCGCAUGCGCUACGUGACAGAUAGCAGGAACUGGUGGAUAUUGCACCCAGACGAGAUUUACCAGACGAUAGAAGACAAUCAAAAUUCUUCACGCUGUAGUCACAUCGUUCCUGCCAAUGACGCUGAUGAGAUUUGUAAAUGUAGUCGCACGAUCACGUGAUCACGGAAUGAUGGCGGCCAUCUUUGUUGCCUCAUCGACAACACUCAAUGUUUUCGGCACACACAGUUUUAUUAAUACUUUUCUUUCCACGUUCUUGUUUAUGUCUCUUGAGACACUCGCGAACUGUCUGAAAGACUCCGACACUGACGUUAUCGAAAAUAAUAUAUUUUCUUCAUUUGAAUGUAUUUGCAGACAAGACCAAACGCUUGAAACACACGUUAAUAGUUCGAAAGUGGGUUCUUUGAAUGGCGUCAUUGAUUUAAAUGCAAAUUCCAUGGACAGAAAGGCGCCUCGAAAAUGUAAUCGAGAAAGAACAAAAAUAAAUCAAAAACAUCGAAUUGUCUCUAAUUAUUAUAAACCUGUACAUGAAUUAACCCAAGGCUUUGUUCUAGGCGCGUGUAUUUAUGUUCGUAUUGAUAUGAUAAUUGUGCCAAUGUUGUUAACAGCAGUCAUGUUUUUAAGAUGCAUGGCCGAAAGAAGAAACGUACGGCCAAUGGCGUAUGAAUUUAGACAUUAUUUCUUAGGAAUCUCGCUUGGUAGUUUUCUUGGAGGUUAUUUUGAUUAUCUCUAUUAUGCUUCAUGGUUCAUAACUCCAGUUCAAUGGCUAAGAUUUAAUGUUUUCUCGAAUAAAGCGUCGGUUGUUUUUGGUUCAUCGCCAUCUUGGUUUUACAUAGAUGCUUUAUUAAAAAUGGAACCAUUAUCUAGGGUUGUACUUUGCAUGUUAGUUUUACAUGUUAUAUUUGAAUGUUAUUUAAACUAUACGAACUACACGCUUUUUGCGAAGUUUGUACUUUCCGACUUUUUGUCUCACUUUUGGAGCCUUAUUAUAUUUGUUUGUAUAUUUAUUGUUUAUAGUUGCAUCAGUCACAAAGAAAUGCGUUUUGUACAUGACGGCGUAAUAUUUAUGUAUGUAUAUUUAGCAGGUGCAAUAAUUUCAGUGUUCAAAACGUUAAACCAAUUGUGUGUUAAUCAAAAUCUACAUGUGCCUUUAUAUUCUAUUGUUAAUGUUCUUGUUUUUCUUUUUGCAUCUAGUCAUUUGACACAAUUUUAUUGCAUGAACUCUGCUGAGCAAUCAAAAUGGACAUAUGGAGGAAUUAUAGGAUCGGCCGAGGUAAAUAGUUGCUUGAAUUUCAUUGGUCGCCAAAAUGAUGUAAAUGGGAUUUUCAUCGAUCGACCAAUUUACAUGACAGGUGGAUAUUCAAUCGUUCACAAAGAUGUUCCAUUAGUUGCUAUGAAUAAAUAUGAGUUCCUUGAAUUUGAUGAAAAGUCAACAGUACCUGUUUAUACUGAUACUUUAAGUCUACAAACUAGGCCAUUAACUCAUAACAAUAACGCCAGAAGACUUAAAUCAUUUGGACACAUUUCGGACUUCAUUUCAAUCUACAACACCCCUUAUCUUUACAAAAAGUUAAUUAUCCGUACUGAAUACAACUACUUCGUCCUUGAAGAAGAUCGCGAAUUCGAGCAUCUCGGGGGCUUCGUAGAAGUGUUCCGCACGCAAAGUUCAAAGGUGAUGCGGCGAACCUUCGAACCCCACGCGGAACAAGCCUUGCUGGAUCGUGCUAGUAAGAUCCCUAUUGGCACAAACGCCACUGUUCUGGAACAUGAAGGACACUGGCUUGCCCAUUAUGGAUUGUACAAGCAGGCAGAGGAGAGGCUCGUGUUUGCUAACUACAUCGCGCCGAGGGAGUUGGGUCCAUACAGACGCCUUCUUGAGAUCUACCAAGCACGAGGAAACACUGAUUUCUACUCAAAGGUGCUCACUACUUGUAUGCAGUUCCAUUCCAUGAUCGACUGUACUGGACCGUAUAAGCCUCUGGAGCUUCAUUCGGAAUAUUUCAAAUAACGUUUUGUAUUGGUCAAAGGUUUAUUAUUUAUUGUAUAAUAUGUGUAUGUACAUGUAAAGUCAUGCUUGUUUCACAAGAGAUCUAAAAAAAUAAUAAGAAGAAUUUGUGUUUUGGCAGAUUAAGUGUAUUUGAAAUGAGAAUGAAUACACUUUGUUUCUCAUAAUUCUGUUUUCUUUUUGCAAAUGUGAAUAAUGUGGUUCAUCAAUUCAAAAAGAAAUAUUCAUAUUGUGUUGGAAAUAUGUAACAUGUAACACGACGAAAUUUUUCUACUGUUAAAGAAACACUUUACUAUCAAUAUGUAAUGCACGUUGUUGAUUUUGCACAUAUGUUUUGUCAAUAAUAAAGGUCGAAGCAGUUUUAAAACCAAAGCGCCAAAAUA